AAGAAAAAACAGCGGCAAAGAAGUGGGAGAGUCUGACGCCUGUGACCAAAACAAUGUAAACAUAGGAAAUGUUUUUAUUUUGGUUUUUUUUCUAUUACUUUAGAUGUUAGAGUAAAUGGAGCUGAUUUAAGUCGGUCAUGGCUGAGGAACCAGCAGCAGAACUCCAGUUACUCAGAAGCCAGAAGGCCAAGCUAAUAGAGAUCCUAAGUGCCGAUGCCGACUACGUCCUGCAGCAUGCAGACUCUCGCAGUCUGUUGUCUCUUCCCGGCUACCAGCACGUGAAAGCUUGCCGUGCUCCUAGUGAGAAGGUGACUGAGCUGCUGGAUCAUGUCAUGCAGAGAGGACCUGAAGCAGCACAGGGUCUGUUGAAACUACUGAAUGACCAGGCCCUGCAGGAAACCUUCCCAAUGCUGAGCUUUAUUAAGGAUCUGCAAGCCAACACACUGUCUUCAGAAACACCAAGAAAGAGAAAAGCAGCUCCAGAUUUGGAAGCGACCAUUCCAUCCAAACAGAUCUGCAACAACGGCUCUGGCUUAGUGAAGGAGAAGCAGCUGAUGACCGUGGCUCGUAAAAUCGGCAAAUCUUGGAGGGAGAUUGGCAGAAUGGCUCUGGAUGUCCCCUCUUUUAAGCUGGAACAGAUUGAAGAGGACAAUUCGCCCCACGUGGAGCGAGUGUUUGCCAUGCUGCGCUACUGGCGUACCUGCCAGAGGGAAAAGGCCACAGCUGCUCACCUGCACUCCCUGCUCAGCCAGGAAGACUGGGCCCUGCCACCUGAAAGCAUUGACUUCCUGUUGGAGACUGACUGAGGCCUCCACUGUCUGCUACCUGCUGAGACUGAAACCCUUUUUGAAGGAAGGAAAUAUGUGUCUUUCUCAUCAUAAAUGCUGUCAUUCCAUAUCUAUAUAACCCUUGAAGACUUUACUACUUUAUGGAAUUUCCCCACAGUACCAUUUAGUACCAUUGAGCAAGAGGUCUCUUAUCAUACUUUUCUAUGAUACUGCAGCUUUUUAUAAUUAUUUAUUUUUUAUGUUUUUUGAAAGAGGUCUUUUUUAUAGAUUGUGUGAAGAAGAAUCAGGAAAACAACAGAGCAGUGCCCAUUUAAUUCUAAUGUCAAUACACUAUGGAAUUAAAUAGGGAAGAUUAUUCUUGUGUUUUGUCUUAUAUUUCGCUCAACUCAACAUUUCAGAAAUGUUCAGUUUGUCACGUAAAUGUGCAAAUGAUUAGGAGACACAGCAGUUACACUGACAUGUUCCCUGUUGACUUAUGUACAUAUCUUGGUCUUUUAGAUUAAAUGUACCUUACAUCAUGGUGUGUCACAAGACAUCUGUUACAGUCUGCAGACAGGUUAGACAACACACUGAAUAAAUCAUUAAAUCCGUUUCUGCCUCCAAUAUUUUCCUCUCUGAAAACCUCUAUAGCAGUCUCAUUAAUCUGAUACUCUUGAAAAUACUGUUUAAACAUGUUGAGAUCCAUUUAA